AUGCAGAUCCACGCCGAAUUCACCAAGGCCGUCAACACGAGCGUCAACACGAGCGUCAACACGAGCGUCAACACGAGCGUCAACACGUUCAAGGGCGUGUCGCUCGACAUCAUGGAUAUAGGGGCCUCCAACUGGAACCUGCCGUCAGUGGCCGGCGAUCUCACGUGGUGUCGUGGCCUGGUGGAGCGUAUCGAGCACCCGAUGAAGAAGCUGCGUGAGCCGAUGGAGCGCGAAGAGGCCAAGGAGGUCUACAAGGUCUACAGCACCAUCAUGGCGUCGAUGCAGGAGUACGAGAACCAGAAGGUGGAGGAGUGGAGUCGCGACGUCGAGGCGUCUUCGCAAUCUAAGCUCAAACGCGCUCCUUCGCGUCAACUUCGACCCAGUGCUCGCGAAAUCAAGUACUUGCGGCUGCUCAACGUUGAGGUGCCUCAGUCGGCGCUGCAGACCUCCGCCAAAGGGGAGAUGUUCCACAAGUGCCGAGGGGAGAUCAUGUACACCGUGGAGACGAACAACGCCAUGAUCGAGGGCGUUCACCCGCUGGAGGAGUCGCUGGUGCUGUCGCAAGGCCGUGGAAACCGAAAUGAGAUCGUGAUGAACCUCAAGGACAACCUCAACACGAUCCAGGACACACUCAGUGCCUCGAACGUGCCUCUGCUGGAGCUCCAGGCCUAG